AUGACUACCGUCUUUCUCGGCUCUACUGCGAGUUACGAGUUUAAACGCUCAAGCUAUGGAGUCCACAUCCGACACAAUAGUUGUGUCUGCCGCCCUAGUGCCCGCCAACAUUGGUUCCCUCAAGCGCCGUCCUUAGUAGACGUGCACUACGUAGUACAGUACCGCGUAGAAACUAGAGAACCAGACAUCAAGGCAGCGAGCAGCUACUCUGUGGUGCUGUCUUUCUAUCUGUACAAUCACACCCCCAAAUCUCGAUCGAUCUUCCUAAUCCACCGAGGAAAUCCCACCAACGCGCUCCUCAUCCCAGCCGUCGCGUCAGGAUUCAGCCCGGAACAGGUUCACGGUUCACAUCGCCUCCAAGGUCGCGGAGUAUUCGCCCGGCCAAUCAUCCCCUUGGACGUUGAUGUAAUUGCAAAUCCCUUCCAGAAAAUCCCAGGAACCAAACUCGAGUCUCCAGAGUGGGAUAGCCAACGCCAUACUGCGUAG